AAGCGUAUGAGAUGGGUGUGCACAAAAUGGCUAUGCCUUUCCAAGAGCAAUAACGUGACAGUAUUUAUUGCUUAAACAAAUACAAGUAUGAUAUUGCCGGUGGAAUUAAUAUGCGCAGGAGUCGCUGUUCUGGUUUAUGCAAACACAUUUGAUGCUGAUUUCGUAUAUGAUGACAGUCGGGCAAUUCUCAAGAAUCUCAAUGUCCGAACCUCAACACCACUGUAUAAUAUUUUUCUUGAUGAUUUCUGGGGAACGCGGAUGACACAUUCUGGAAGUCACAAAUCUUACAGACCAAUUACAACAUUGUCUUUCAGGCUUAACUAUUUUAUAUCUGGAUUUGAACCCUGGUCAUAUCACUCAACAAACAUACUUCUUCAUGCAAUUUCUACGUGGUUAUUUGUCAAAUUCUUGAAAACGAGAAUCUUCAGCAUGGAGUCAUCAAAUCAUUUCAAGUCCGUAAUAGCAGGACUACUUUUUGCCGUCCACCCAAUUCACACAGAAGCAGUGGCUGGAAUUGUGGGAAGAGCAGAUAUACUUUCAUGCAUUUUUGUCUUGGCAACAUUACUGUCUUAUACGCGACACUGUGACGACUGCAAUUACAAACAUGGUCAAUUAGACUCAAAGAAGAAUGAUUAUUUGCAAAAUCAAAAGAAAACUGUGACGUCACACUCAAAUGACAUUCCAAAACAAAAACGUAGGGUUAAGCUGAGGUGGAAAGACAAAAAACGAAAUCACUGCACUGAUUUUACAAAGACAUCCACGAUUCCGAUCGAAAAACAAUACAGCAAUACUGGGAACAAAACGGCUGACCAGAAGCAAACAUAUUUUAGAAUUUCAAAGCAAACUAUUUUUGAACUGUUUCAAAAGAUGCUAUCUCCUACAGGGAAUAUUACCGCAAAAUACACGGUAUCGUUAUCGUACGUUUUUGCAUUAUGUGCGAUUUUGAGCAAAGAAAAUGGAGCCUGUGCUUUGCCAUUAUGUGCGAUCUAUGACAUCUGCAUCUCCAGCAACAUGGGAAUAUCGUCUACUUUGCAAGUGAUGCUCUGUCAGAUAAACUCAGAAAGAUUCCGUAAGAUGAGACUACGUGUACGCAAACUUGUGAUGGCGACGCUACUAAUAUUGAUGGUUAGAAUAUCACCAUGGUAUAUAUUCUCAUCAUCAACUUCUGCUUCUCUUCCAUCAUUCUCAACAGCUGAUAAUCCGGCCAGUACUAAUGAAUCUAUUUUGACAAGAACUUUAACUUUCCAUUACUUAAUAGUCUUCAAUAUGAAGUUGCUCAUCUGUCCGACAGAACUGAGUUACGAUUGGGGAGUCAUAUCUUUGAUUGAGUCAGUUUGGGACGUUAGAAAUUUGUCUACAAUUGUUUUCUAUUCUGGAUUGCUUCUGAUAGGAAGACAUUUGUGGAAAACGCUCAGAGAAAAAGACAAGGCAAUGAUUAUAUCACAUGGAAACGACACACUAUCUUUGUUCCAUAUUGAUGAGUAUUCCAAACGGAAAAAUAAUGCCACAGAGGAAAUCUUAGGUAAGUCACAGAAUGCUGAUAUGAAGCGAACACUUGGUAAUGAAUAUGUACAUUCGACUGCUCUUCUGAAAGCGCUUCUAAACAAAAGCGAUAUUGAUUCAGUAGAAAUAAACGAUGAAGGUAUACACAUGGAAAAUACAAAUUGCUCGAUCUGGCCUAAUGAAAGUUGCAACGGUUUAUCUGUCAAAAAAGAAAAUCUACAUCCAUCAACAAAACAUCUCACAACUGAUACGCCAAAGUUAUUGUUGAACGUUUCUGAUGCAAAAUGCUUGCCUUGCGACUUUCCCGAAUCAACAAAUAGUUCAGGAUAUGCAACAGAAAGUGGAGAAGAAAGUCAUGAAACAAGAGAACGAAGGAACCAUUCUUGUAAAAAGAGUCUUCCAGCAAAAACACGAGUAGAGACUUUGAAAACCUUCCACACGCGAGAUGAACAAAUUUCACAAUAUUCUUCUUCAAAAUGUCAAAACAAUGCAACACUUAUGGGAAUCGCAAUAAUGAUUAUUUCCUUCAUUCCGGCAACAAAUUUGUUUUUCUACGUCGGAUUCGUAAUUGCCGAACGGCUCUUAUAUCUUCCGAGUGUUGGAUUUUGCGUUUUAGUGGCAGAAGGACUGGGUAUUGCUUACAAGAAGAUUUUGUCUAGAAUACCAGAAGGCAAUAGCAAACUUAGAUUCAGGAGUUUUAUAAAACUGUGUGGACUGAUGUUUCUUCUGGCAUUGUCAUGUAAAACUGUUAUCCGAAACAGAGACUGGUCAAACGAAUACAACUUGUACAGAUCUGGCGUGAUGACAUCACCAGCUAAAUCAUGGGCAAAUCUUGGCAACGUUUUGAAGGUUCAAGGAAAAAUAAAAGAUGCAGAAUUUUCAUAUAUUCAAGCAUUGAAAGAAAGGGGAAAUAUGGCUGAUGUUCACUAUAAUUUGGGCCUUCUAUAUCAAGAGCAACGUAGAUAUGAAGAAGCCAUGCACAGAUACAAGAGAGCAAUACAAUAUCGACCUUCCUUGGCAGUAGCUCACUUGAAUAUUGGAAUUAUUUUGGCAGAGAUUGGUAGAUAUGAAGAUGCGGAAAAGGUUUACAAACACAUUGUCACAAUCGAAGACACCGGACUUCGAGAUCCAAGAGGCCAUGCCAAGACAAAAAUAUCCGCCUUAUACAAUCUAGGAUGCAUGUUGUCGUCACAAGGAAAACACGAGGAAGCAGUGAUCGCUUUCUCGAAUGCCGUACAGAGGCGAACCGAAGAUUAUGAACCACAUAGCUUAUACAAUAUGUUGGGUCAAAGUCUUUCAAAAUUAAAUCGUAACGUGGAAGCCGAAAAAUGGUUUCAAGAAUCUUUAAAGUCUAAGCCUGAUCAUGUUCCCGCUCAUUUGACAUAUGCUGCGUUACUUCGUCGACUUAAAAAAACAGAAGCAACGGAAAUUUUAUAUAAGAGAGCAAUUCAAUUUGAACCUCAAAAUCAUAUAAUUUACAAUCAUUUGGGCAAGUUCUACAACGACCAUGGCCAAUAUCUUAAAGCAGCUAAGGUGCUAGAAGAUGGUGUUAUGACGCAAUCUGGAUCACGAGACUAUGACACAUUGAUGACAGCGGGUGAUACGAACCGACAUGCGGGAAAAUAUGAAAAAUCGGAAAUCUAUUAUAGGAUAGCAACAAGGAUUAGUCCACGGUCUGUAGAAGCUCACGUCAAUUUGGGAGGAAUCCUACAUCUACAAAGAAAAUAUUCAGAAGCCAGAAAAAGCUAUACCAAAGCCCUGGCACUAAAACCAAACGACCCAACAGCAAGAGACAACCUUCGAAAGCUUGAAGAAAUUUUGAAACUAAAUGAGAGGGACGGUUGAAUAUUCAAAAUAAGCGUUUCCGAAACUUUAAAUCGUGACGAAUUUCUGGCAAUGUACUACACAUAACAUGUUCUAGGGCAGGGCUACUCAACUAUUUUCACCAAAGGUCCGUUUAAAAAACUUCAAAAUUACUGAGGUCCGGACAUUACAGAAAAUUAUUUCAUUGAAUAAACGAAACUUCAAAUGCAAUAUUAAUGAAUUAAAUAUAUUCAAGAGCAAUGAAUGGCUCACGAAUAUGAACACAAAUGUUGCAAAUUGGUAGCUGUGUAUUUAAAUUGUAUCAAAGUCAUCUAAAACUUUAAACCGAUGCUUAUAUUGCCAAAAUAUACAAGCAGACGCGGUCCAAAUUAAAUGGUCGAAAGGUCCGGAUUCGGACCGCGGUCCGCCAGUUGAGUAGCCCUGUUCUAGGGUAUUAAUAUUUGAUCCGACGGAAGCCGGUAUAAUGGUUUUGUCACCUUUGUAUAAAAUGACGAAUUGAAUUGCAAUUAUAGCUUAGGUCGUUAUAUGAUGUCAAGAACAGACUGUUUCAUCGAAUCGUAAAUUCUGUUAGACUGUUACUUCAUUUCCACCCUAUCACAACAUUAGUUUAUAUAUUUUUAUGAUAUAUUAGCCGUAGAAGUGUGCAAUAAUAUUAUACUUAUAUCUUCAGUAGUUUUAUUUAUUUAUAUACUUCAUCUUACACGUUUAUUUUUGUGCUGACCAAUUUUGCCGUGGGUUUGUAAAAACGAAAUAAAAGUAUG